CUCUGCACAAUAAAUUUAACAACAACAAUGCUACACACUGUCACUUGUACUUCUUGUGAAUUCACUGGCUUCUUGGGUAGUCUUCCGGAAAAAAGAACACAAGAUGAAGUUUCUUAUAAGCUGGCUUUUGCUUGUCAUUUGUAACCAUCUUGGUUAUGGCUUUGAGCGUAUACGUCUCACUAAGUUUGGUAGUUUGCGUCAUCAGUUGAUUGGUGCACGCACUCCGAUGGAACAAUUUUUGAAGUACAACUUGCAAACCAAGUAUAACCUGAUUGGCGGACCUGUACCAGAGCCACUGACAAAUUAUCUUGAUGCUGAGUAUUAUGGAGAGAUCACAAUUGGGACACCCCCACAGAAAUUCAAAGUUAUUUUUGACACCGGAUCAUCCAACCUGUGGGUUCCCUCAGUGAAGUGUCCUGUGAAUGACACAGCAUGUGCUUUGCAUAAUAAAUACAACAGUAGCAAAUCCAGCACAUAUAAACCAAAUGGGACAAGUAUAGAGAUUGUGUAUGGAACUGGAAGCAUGAAGGGAUUCUUAAGCACAGACAGUGUUGCAAUUGGAAGCAUUGUUGCCAAGAAUCAAACUUUUGCAGAAGCAACACAAGAACCAGGAAUGACAUUUGUUGCCGCCAAAUUUGAUGGAAUUCUUGGCAUGGGGUAUAGUGAGAUUGCAGUGGACGGUGUCCAAACAGUCUUUGAUACAUUUGUAGAACAGAAGGUCGUUGAUAAACCAAUAUUCUCUUUCUAUUUAGAUCGAAAUACCAGUGAUAGCACCGGAGGAGAGCUUAUUCUUGGUGGGUCAGAUCCAAAAUACUACAAGGGAAGUUUCUCUUAUGAAAAGGUGACACGUAAGGGUUAUUGGCAGUUCAAUAUGGACAGUGUCGUAAUCAAAGGUGGGUCUAAAUUUUGCCCUAAUGGAUGUGAAGCUAUUGCAGAUACUGGCACAUCUCUGAUUGCCGGUCCAACAAAAGACAUUGUUGCUAUUAACAAGGAACUAGGAGCUAAAGUAAUUGAAGGAUCGUAUGCCUUUGAAUGUGACAAAGUGGCAUCUUUGCCAUAUGUUGGUUUUAUUCUUGGUGGAAAGGCAUUUUUCUUAUCUGGAGAAGACUAUGUUCUUAAGGUUUCACAGGGGAGUGAGACCAUCUGUUUGAGUGGGUUUCAAGCUCUUGAUAUACCUCCGCCUGCUGGCCCUCUUUGGAUUCUUGGUGAUGUGUUCCUCGGGAAAUUUUACACCGAGUUUGACAAGGGUGCUGAUCGUGUCGGCUUUGCUGAGGCUGUGUAAAGCUUUGUCAACACUAUCAAAUUUUCUUUGACAAAAAAAUGUUUUAUGCCCAUAUAUAGUCAUGAUGUGGCUGUAUAUGGUCAUGAUGUGAUGUCAUCAUGACCAUAUUUAGGCAUGUCAUGUUUUUGUCAAAUAAAAUCUGAUAAUCUGGACAGGACUAACAGUUUCACUCAGUAAGUUGAAAGUUACAAGAAGUAUAAUAUUAAUUUGUUAUCAACUUAUUAUUGCAAAGUCCAAAUGUUAUAUUUCCUAAGCCCUCUUUAGUGUUUGCAAUAGCUUUAAAAUAAAUAAGUCAGUACUGCAAGGUGUGUUGAUUUUUUCAUGAAACAGGUACAGAUUUGGAUUAAUAGAAAAUAGCAGUCAAUUUACUUAAAUGUUUCUUUUGAAUUUAUUCAUUUAGCAUUUUAUAUGAUAAAAAGCUCUAUAUUUUAUAUAAUUUUAUACCUUU